CUGGUCGAAGGCCGGUGAUUCGCGGCUCGCAGAGCAGCCAACCAGGUGGCCCUGGGCACCACAUGACCUCGGCCAUGCUAUGGACAGGUAGCUAUGCUACUACAACGUUCCGGCAGCCUCCCCUAUCCAGUCACAAGUAGCUGCUGCUGCUAUCCAGUCGCAAACUCGCCGCGACACUACUCGUCGUACUCUUAUCAAAUAUACCCAAGCGGGACUAUCUCCAAGAUGAGGCUCAUCAUCCGCGAGAACUCGGAGACGGCCAGCGCCUACGUGGCUCACUACGUUAUCGAGCGGAUUCGACACUUCAACCCUACGCCGGCACACCCCUUCGUGCUUGGUCUGCCUACCGGUUCGAGUCCGCUCGGAGUAUAUAAGAUCUUAGUUGAGCAGUACAAGGCUGGGAACGUAUGUGAAGAUCGACCAUAGCUCAGGCUGACGCUUUGCAACAAGACUAAUACGCAGCUGAUAGAUAUCCUUCGAAAAUGUGGUCACUUUCAACAUGGUACGGCGUAGUGUUGUCUUUUUCUCUCCCUCU